AAACAUUCAUGGGAAAAUACUUGAGAAAAAGUGGCCAUGUUAUGGAGUCUUCUUCUCUUGGUGUUCGUACUAGAUCGACAACCUUAGCACUUCAACGUCUUCAGUCUUCUUCUUCUUCAACUCCACCACCCUCACUGCCCUCUGCUUCUGAUUCUUGUUACCUUCAACUUCGUUCCCGCCGCCUUCACAAACCACCCACCCCCAUUCCCUGCCCUAACUCACACCCACACUCUGCUUCUGUUGGGUCUGUUGAUGAAAUCUCAUUUCCUGACAAUAAUCUUCAUUUUCAACACACUCAUAGAAGCACUAGAGAAAGCACACCUUGCAGUCUGGUGAGGGAGGUGGACGAAAUGGUCAACCCUGGUUCUGCGACAAGGCGAACAGAGUUAAACACAACAACUCAAAGAAGAAGGAACUUUAUCCUUAGAAAUAUCCCUUCAGCUCAUGAAAUCGAGGAGUUUUUCACCUUUGCUGAGCAGCAACAACAACGCCUUUUUAUGGAGAAGUACAACUUUGAUGUGGUAAAUGAUGUACCGCUUUCUGGCCGUUAUGAAUGGAUUAGGGUGAACCACUAAGCUGGUGGGGCUGAUGAAAUUGCUGGAUAUUUGAUGUUCUCUCCCAUAAGUAAACUAUUGUAUAAAUAGGUGGUGUAGUUUUAGUUAUCUGUUAGAUAGCAGGAUUACACACACAACUAACAAUUUGGAAGGUAGAAUAGACAUAAAUUGUGGAUUAGGCUUUGACUGUCUUUGUAACUUGCAAGGUGACAUAGCCAAUGUCUUGUGUACUUGUCUUCCUUCUUUUUUUAUUCUUAAGUAAUCAAUUUAGGUUUUGUAGCUCUCUUUUUAUCUCCACUUGAUGAUAGUACACUGUGACAUCAAAAAGUUUGUGGUGUACUUUUUCCCCACAGGCAAGUUGUUGAUUCUAUGGUUAUAAAAAUCUGGCCCUUAACUUCCCAA